UCUGCUGUUUGGGCUUCUUGGAAACAAAAGACGCCACCGCGGUCUGGUGCGAGGUGCUUGAUCUUUGGACACGUUUUUUAUGCGACAUUCACAUCACUAUGUGUAUUGUGUGAAUCUUUAUGGGAUGUGUUAUAACAGAUUUGAGACAUAAGGAUUUUUAACAUCAUACCAUGUGAACAACAGUCAGCUAUUUUAUAUACAGUGUAUAAAUUAAUAGACUUCUGAGACCAUGUCUCAUAAUGGAAGAGGUAGAUUCCGACCUCUGGGACAAAUUAGGGUCAACCUCAAAUCCGGGGGAACUGAGAAGAUCCCCAAACUAGCAUCUACUUCUUCAGUCAACACAAAAGCAAACUUGGAGCAGGAUAACCAAGGUAUCUCGGGGAAUGCUUUGUCUGUACCACCACCAAAGGAGAAGGAGAAGAAGGAGGAGAAAGUAAAAGUUCAGUCAGCAAAGUCUGAUUCUGGCUCCAGCACGAAAUCUCUGGAGUCAGAGUACAAGAAAGAGCUUCAGGAAGCUAAGGCAAAAGAGAAAGAUUUGUUGAAGCAGAUUGCAGAACUGAAAAAACUAAUAGAAGAGCUACAGAAACAAAUCAAAGAGAGAGAUGAAACAAUAGCUUCCUUGAAAUCCGAGCUUAAAACUCAGGAAGAGAAUCUCAGUGGGGAGAUCAACAAAGAGAAAGCUGAGCACGAGGUCACUAAGCAGUCCCUACAGGGAGCGCGCUCAGAAAUCGACGACCUCCGGGCCAAGAUAGAACAACUUCGCAAAGAAAACCAGGAACAGAUAGACGGCCUGAAGAAAGAGCUUGAAGAAAAGAUAUUAGAAAUAACUACCUCCAAAGAUAAAGAAAUAAAGAUUAGAGAUGAGAAAUUAACCCGCUUAAAAAACCAAAUGGCUGAUGCCUUGAAAGGAAAUUCUUGGGAGAGACAACAGCAGCUGGAAGAGCUGACUAAGGAGUUGUCACGGAUACAGGAGGAGUGUGAUGCUCUCAGGAUGAAACUCAAAGCCUCCAAAUCAAAGGGAGGAAAUUGUCCCAACUGCCAGGAUAUGACAGCAAAGCUGGAGAAAUUCAAUGCGUCCAUUAAAGACAAAGACCUAACAAUCAAAGAACUGAAGUCACUGUGUGCUAGGUUUGAGAAACAGCUGACUCAGCAGGACCACCUGCUAAAGCAGUGGGCGGAGUCCAAAGGUCAGAAGGUCAACUAUAAUCCCAAAUAAUGACCUGGGAGUGGAGACUGUCAAAGUGUUCAGUUUUUGUAAGGAUGCUGUGUACAGACUGUCAAAUGGUUGACCGGUAUGGACCUCUGAGUAUCUGGUGUGGGCAUGAUCCAGUGGAGACAUUUGAUAGGCCAAUGUUAGUGGCCUUCAUUUAUAUCUGCCUUAUUGCUGAUAUGUAUAUCAGUAUUACUGCUAUGUUCACAUACAUAUAUACAUAUCAUUGUAUGAUUUUGCAUAAUUUUCUUUCUCCGUCCAAAUACAGUGUUUUACUGUAUGCAAUUUUACAUAUUUUUUAUUUGAAGCCAGGAUCUGUCCAAAUGAAUAGAAACUCAGUAUUGUCAAAGAUAAGAUAUACAUGACUGUAUAGAAAGUGAAUUUAGUAAGAAAAUUAAAUUAGCUAUUUUAUUACCGGUACAUUGAUUAUAUAUAAAUCUUCAUACAGUAUCUGACUAAAUUUCUUGACCACCAUUAGGUUUGAACAAAGACAAAAUAAACAUAUCAAUUACAAUGUAGUUUAAUGCUUGUAUGGAUGUACAAGACUACAACUGUUUUAAAUAUGUUAAAUUGAUCUGUAGGCAUGGUAUUUUUCCUAAUUACUGUUUUAAAAUAUAAGGAUUUGCCAAACCUAGUCAUACUUUUUCGUAAUAUGUUGAUACCUAUAAUACAUAUGUUUGUAUGUAGAGAGAAGGAACACAGUUCUACCAAACAACCACCUCAUUGCCAUGACUGCUCAGUGUAUUUCCAGUUGAAUCAGGCAGUUUGAAAUGUUGUUAAAAGAGAAUCUGUUUGUUGGGCUACAUUACAUAUCUCGCUUUUAUUACCACUCAAUGCAAGUGUAUAUGGAUAUUCCACAGCACUAGAAAAUUAUUUUAGAAACCAAUUUUAUGAAUUUAUUAGGUGUAAAGUGUACCCAGUGUAGCAUUAACCUUUUUUCUCCUUUUAUUAGGCAUUACUCAGAGGAAAUAAAAGAUGUCUGGAAAUCAAAUUGAUUUUAAAGCAAGCUUGCAAAUUUAUGCAGUGAACCUGUUGUGAUAAAAUGUGCAUUGAGAUAUCUUUAAAUAGUACCUUUGCUCUAUUAAUAGUUCAGAUAAUAAAGCAUUAGCAUUAAAUCUGUUAAUCCCUGGCCUUUAAUCCUGCCUGACAUCUGGUUAACAUUCCAGGUAGGGUGGGCUCAGCACUGCAUGAUUUAUCCAGGUAUUUAGUUCACCUGUUUAUGUUCAGUUUGAGUUUAGCUUCCGUGAGAUCUAUUAAAUGUUUUACAUUAAAUGUAAGAUCAGGGACAUGCAACUUUGACUUUAAUGGCUCCAGGGUGUACUUAAAGUGCCUGACAUUAAAAGUAAUCUUUUUAUUUAUUUAAAGA